UGGGUCAAUCGAGGAAUCAAGAAAUUGUACUAGCUACAGAAAUAGCCGUGAUUGUGAGGUUGGCGAAUGGUCAUCGUGGAGUAAAUGUGACCAACUGUGUGCCAUUGGGAAUAAAGUUAGAAAUAGAAGGAUCACAUCGAACUUCCAAUGUCAAGGAAGAUCUUGUCCUCAUCUCAAGGAAUCCAUGCAAUGUGGUUUACCUAACAACGGUUGCCAACACAAAUGCAACAAUGGUGUUUGUUCUUGUAGUGCCGGAUAUAAUUUGAUCGGCACCAAGAAUUGUACUGCAAAGGAUUGUGGGAAACUUGAAUUGUCUUAUUGUCCUUCAGGUACGAAUCAUGGAACAACAUGUGAACACCCUGUUGUUUCGUGUCCUAACAACCAGACUAUCUUCUCGACUUUUUGCUCAAUACUCUGCCCAAGCUAUUACGCUCAAAAAGGAGCCAACAGUAUUACAUGUACAGCGGCUGGUACAUGGUCAACAACUGUUGGGACUUACUGUCGAAGGAUCAACGACCCUCCUUCUCAGAUUAUUUUGUCUGGGUCUCACAGUGUUCCUGAGAAUAUUAAACGUACUCUUGUUGGAAGACUUUCGUCAGUAGAUACAAACCCCCGGGAUUUACACAACUAUAGCUUGAUAUCCGGAGGUGAAGGAAAGUUUGUCCUUUUCGAUGAUGAAUUGUACACGGAUUUUGUUUUCGACUACGAGACAAUGACUACAAGAUAUGACCUAAGAAUCCGUAGUACAGACAACGGGAAUCCUCCAAUGUCGAUGGAAAAAAUAAUCCCAGUAGUUAUUGACGAUGUCAACGAAAGGCCGACGUCUGUUCAAUUAUCAAACCACUAUAUCUCUGAGAACUCCGACGUCGACACAAUCGUGGGGAUAUUGUCUACCAUUGACCCGGAUAAUAGCCAGACUCAUUCUUAUACUUUGAUCAAUUCUGCAUCUGGAAGAUUUAAAGUUAAAGGCAAUAUUCUUAAGGUUGCAUUUAGUAACAGACAUUGUUUCAAAUUUGGUGGCUAUUUCUGUUCAUUGAAUUUCGAAGUAUCUCGCAGUCAUCAAGUUACACUCCGAAGUACAGACAAUGGAAAUCCCUCUUUAUCUCACGAUGUUAAUCUCACAAUCAAUCUGACUGAUGUAAACGACCAACCGCGAGGUCUAGUUCUAAGUAAUAACAAAGUUUCGGAAAAUGCAACUGUGAGUGAAGUUAUUGGAAAGUUCUCAGCUGAAGAUGAGGAUAGUGCACAGACUUUGUCUUAUUUUCUCAAUGAUGAUGACAAAGGAAGAUUUACUGUCGAUCAACGAGGAUAUCUAUCAUUGGCAUUGUCAGCUAAUUUUGAACAGGACACAUUACGUAAUAUAACGGCUGUCGCAAAGGAUAAUGGAGUCCCAGUAAAAAUGAUAGUGAAAUCAUUCACAAUUCAAAUAUUGAAGGUAAACGAUCCUGUAGUGAAUUUGAAAUUCAUCGACAUGAACAAUCAGCACUCACAGAGUAUUUCAGUGAAAGAAAAUGCCAGUAUAUCCAGCGUCAUAGGACAUUUUGAAGUAUCAGACAACGAAACGUCACAGGAACUGUCCAUUCAUUUAGAUGUAAAUCCAUUUCAAGCGUUUUCACUGUCAUCAUCAAAUUGUACUGAUAGAAAUCGUACGAAAUGUGAAACUAAACUUGUCCUACAAAAGAAACUAGAUCGCGAAAUAACACAAGGUUUCCAAAUUUAUGUCCGCGUGAAGGAUAAUCAAAAUAGAUCCAUCAUCACCACGUUCAACGUAUCGAUAGAGGACUGUAAUGAUCGACCCUAUGACAUUACUAUUGCUGGAGGAAUGGAGACGAAUAUCGUUGAAAAUAUUCAAGGAGCGUUGGCUGGAGAAUUGUUGAGUAGUGACCAGGACCUUUCUCAGACACACAGUUAUCGUCUGCUCAACAACAGCGAUGUGUUUGAAAUACGAGACGAUUUCUUGUUUCUUCACAAUGACACGUUUCUGGACUUCGAGAAUAAAAGCCAAUACAUUAUUAAAAUCCAAUCUACAGAUAAUGGUCAACCGCCUCUGACGUCAUUACCUCAAUCCCUGAUUGUUCACGUGAUCAACAGAAACGAAGCUCCAAGUAGGAUUGAUCUUACUUACAAUAAGAUAACUGAAAAUAGUAAUUCAGGGACAGAAAUUGGAUUAUUUAUCAUAACAGACCCUGACAAUUACAAUUUGUCUCGUCAAUUACAUGUUUGUCGGCUCAUUGAUUCUGCUAUGGGAAAGGUUGAAAUAUUGUAUAAAAAUGGCAAAAAUAUUCUUAUUCAAGCUGCUCAACUUUUGGAUUAUGAACAGACACCAUCUAUGACAAUCACCGUACGUUGUCGAGACCCCUAUGGUUUAUAUAAACAAAGCGAUUUUGUUAUUCAUGUAACGGAUGUAAAUGAACGUCCCGUCUUCGUAAAACUUUCAAAUACUCAUAUACGUGAAAAUAGUGGGCCAGCGGUUGUUGGUAUAUUGACUGCACAAGACCCGGAUAACCUUAACAACGCAUCAAGACAGAUCAUACAUUAUUCCUUGAUAUCCAAUAUCCCUAGUCCUUUCGUUUUGAUUGGUCGUGAACUGAGUAUUAACGCUAGUUUAAAUUACGAGAGCGUCAGGUCAUGGAAUAUUCAGAUACGCGCUCAAGAUAACGGUGUACCCUCGCUCUAUCUUGAUGAAUAUAUUGUUAUAUCAGUACUGGAUGUUAAUGACAAACCAUAUGCUAUACAGCUAUCCAACAAUGAAAUAAUGGAGAACAGUGAUGUUGAUACAGUUGUUGGUAACCUCGUUGCAAUUGACGAAGACGUUGGACAAAGUCAUAUUUAUAAACUUCUCGAUACUGCUGGUGGACGAUUCAAGAUUGUCAACAAUCAAGUUAAGACAUCACUGUCAAAUACGUUAUGUCUUCAAUACGGUUCUUCUUUGUGUCAUCUUAACUAUGAACUCCAGCAGUCUUACAACAUCAGCAUUAGAGUAACGGAUAAAGGCAUUCCUCUUGCGAGUCAUGAUCAAUUAUUUACUAUUUAUCUGAAUGAUGAUAACGAUAGACCUCGUGACCUCAACUUGAACAAUCGGGAAGUUUCAGCAAACGCCACUGUCGGCACGCUGAUUGAUCAGAAUCGCGUUAUUUCUGUUGCAGUCACUGAUAAUGGUUAUAAUGCUUUAAAGACUAUCCGUAAUUUCACCAUUAGAGUUUUAAAAGUCGACGAAGUUCCAAUUGCUUUCAAUUUUACUGACUCCAUUGUCUCUUCACUGUUUGAGAAUGUGUCGGUCCCAAGUGAAGUUGGAACUGUGUUUGUCUCUGACAGUAAUGGCAAACAAGAUUUCGUGUUUACAUUAGAUGAUAAUUCAAAUGGGGAAUUUCGACUAAAUGGUUCAAGUAAGAAAUGUGACAAUUUCUCGUCACUAGCAAAUGGAACAAAAUGCUCAAUCAAGUUGUUUCUCGUUAAGUCUCUAAAUUACGAGAGAAAUAAACGACGAUCUGUAUCGAUUCGUGUAACAGACAUACGUGGAUCAUCACUUGUUAGAACUUUCACUAUAGAAGUCAUUGAUUGUAACGAUGCGCCCACGAGCAUUAGUUUGAAUGGUGGUGUGUCAGCGUUAAUUAUGGAAAAUUCCGCCGGAGCACUUGUUGGAGUACUGAGAACAACUGACGAAGAUACAUCACAAUUGUGGAGUUACCAUUUGCUUGAAGAUUACAACCUGUUUAAUGUCAGGAGACAAUGGACAACCAUCUUUGUUGUCUCUCGAAACUUUACAAUCUUCGUUGUGGACAUUAACGAGGCGCCUACUCAGAUACAUUUAUCAAAGCAUGUCAUCAAUGAGACGAUAGUUUUAGGAAGUGAAGCAUCAGCAUUAACAGUCGAUGAUCCCGACAACGUGAACAAUGACGGACAAAGUCACUCUUGUCGUGUUGUUGUUGGUCAAGAUAAGUUCAGGAUUCGUGCUGGCCUAUUGUUGAGCAACGUGAGGUUUAAUUAUGAAAGAAUACCUUACGUGAACAUCUCUGUGCAAUGUGUUGAUUCUGGAAGACCAAGAUUGUACAUUACACAACAUUUUACUAUCUUUAUAAAUGAUGUUAACGAAGAACCAACUGACAUUAUUUUAUCAAGUCUUGUUGUACGUGAAAACGAGAGUUAUGUUUUUGCAAACAUCUCAACGGUUGAUCCAGACAAUGAACUGAAUAAUAGUCGACAAAGUUUCACUUACCGAUUAGUCUCCACUUUGAAAGAUCUUCCAUUUCAUAUUGAAGAUGGUAAAAUAAGGACGAGGCAAGCCUUGAACUACGAGAAAUCAUCUACAUGGAACAUCACAGUUGAAUCUCGAGACAGUGGAGUUCCACCUCUUAAAAUUCAACGAAGUUUCAUCAUUAAUGUUCAGGACGUGAAUGAAGCUCCAAGAAUAAUCACUCUUUCUCCAAGCAAUGUGAAUGAAAAUCCAGAAGAAUGGCGACUAAUUGGAAAACUCUCCGCUGCUGAUGAAGAUGAGAAUCAGACACACACGUUCACACUAGUGGACAGUGAUUCGGGAAGAUUUCAUCUUGUCUUCAACUCUUCUGAAAUAAGAGUCGCCAUCUCAAACACAAACUGUCUUCUAUUUGGUGGAAAAUACUGUUUACUGAAUUAUGAAGCUCAAAGUACUCGAGUGAUUUCCGUACGUGCUAUAGAUGAUGGGAUACCUCCGUUGGAACUUACUAUGAAUAUUAACAUUACACUUGAUGACGUUAACGAUCGUCCACGUGACAUGACGUUGUCAAAGAGCUGGAUCAUGGAGAAUGCACCCUUGAACGAGACAGUUGGUUAUUUUAAUGUGAAUGAUGAAGAUACCCGAGAUAUUCUUCGUUUUAGUUUAAUCAAUUCCACUUAUGGUUAUUUUAAAGUUGAUGCAAAUGGACGUCUGUCUGUCAAUAAGAGCACCAAUCAUGAAGUGCACGAAAUUGAACAUGUAAUGGUGCAAGUGGUGGACUCGGGAAAUUUGUCGAUACAGCAAGAAUUUACGAUUAUCAUCAGGGAUUCACAGGAGACGCCAUUCAACAUUACUUUGACCUCAACUCAUGGACAGAAAUCGUAUCCCAUGAAUCAUGCAAGAAUAAAUGAAAACUCACAAUAUGGAGCAAUCGUGGGAACUCUAGUUUCAUAUGAUCAAGAUGUUGAUCAAUUUUUGUCAUUUUCACUGGUUGACAGCGCAGGUGGUCGAUUUUCUAUCAAUAACUUGACAAGUUGUCACAAUUUAACUUCUGUUGCUAAUGUCAAUACAAUCUGUUCCACUUAUUUACUUGCCGUGGGUAAUCUAAACUACGAAUCAUCAAAAUCUCACAACGUUUUUGUUGAAGUGUCCGAUGGUAUUCACACUCUUGUAGCUAACUUUACUAUAAUAGUUGAUGAUGAAAAUGACCCUCCGGAGAAAGUAACCAUACAGGGAUUAGCCUGGGGUCGAGUAAAAGAAAAUAGAAACACAGAGCUUAUCGGGGAACUAAUCACAAGUGACGAAGACAUAACCCAAUCACAUGUGUACACUCUCAAAGGAAGUGAAAAGUUUAUUCUUCGAGGAAAUAAACUGUUUACGUCAGCAGAGGCAAAUAUUGACUUUGAAAAACUUCAGACGGUUGAUAUAGUUGUAAUUUCAAGGGAUAAUGGCAUACCUUCAAAACAUGUUAAACAAAAUAUAACUAUCAUUAUCGACGAUGUGAAUGAAACUCCAAGCAAUAUAAGCCUGAGUGCUUCAACUGUGAAAGAGAACAGUGAGCAGGGGACAUUUGUUGCUAACAUAUCCGUUGACGAUCCCGAUAAUCAUGGUCCUAAAGGGAUCUGGCAAACUCACAACUGUUUUCUAAUUGACUCCGCCCAAGAUCGUUUUAGAAUUUUGAAUAAUAUGAACACUCUCGUUGUUUCAUCAGGUGAUUUAAAUUACGAAACAUCUACUCUUCACACCAUUAUCGUCGAAUGUCGUGACUCUGCUCGAAAACCAUUGCGCAUCCAGAAGUCGUUUGAUAUUGAAGUCGUUGACGUGAAUGAAAGACCACAGAAGAUAAUACUUUCUAAUGCUAGAGUACCGGAAAAUGCAGGCUCCUUGCUUGUAGGGGUGUUAAGUACAUUAGACCAAGAUAGAAACCAAUCGUUCAGCUAUAUCUUGCUUUCUGUUGGUGCACAAGAUAGCUUUUAUGUAAACGGUACCCAGCUUUGGACUAAAGUUAACUUAGACUACGAGAAAAGACGUACAUGGAAUAUAAGAAUGGAAACUGUUGAUCAAGGAGGUCUGAAUUUCUCGCAAGCUGUAACGAUAUUUGUGGAGGAUGUGAAUGACCCACCUAGAAAUAUUUCAUCCAGACAACCGCUGUUUGUAAAUGAGAACAGUAACGUGGGCUCUGUUAUCACAGUGUUUUAUGCUGAUGACGAGGACGCUGGUCAAACUCAUCGCUUCUUCAUUACAAAUGUCACAGCCUUUCGACAUGAUAUGACAAGGAUCUAUAGUUAUCAGAAUGCGUUGCUUUUAAAUCCAACUUCUGGGAAACUGACUGUGGACUCUCAUAUAAACUACGAGUCGAUGACAAAGAUUUACUUGGGAAUAGAGACUCGAGAUAAUGGAUAUCCUUCUUUGUCAUUUAAAAAGGAUUUUGUCGUGAAUGUUGUCGAUAUCAACGAACCACCGAGUGAUUUGAAACUGUCGAAUAAUCAGAUAUCUGAGAAUAGUGAUGAAGGAUCUUUGGUGGGAAUUCUUAACGUAACGGAUCCGGAUAACAUUAUCGAAGAGAAACAAUUCUAUUCUUGUCAAGUUCUGAAUGAUGUUCCUUUCAAUGUCACUCAAAUGCAUCUCAUCGUAGCUAGAGAUGUUUUGGAUUAUGAAAAUAUUGCAGAUUAUACUGUCAAGAUCAAUUGCAGUGAACUGACGAACCCAAGCUUUUCUAUUUCUAAAUCGUUUUCUGUUCAAAUAACUGAUGUAAACGAAGCGCCUUUCAAUCUCGUUUUAAAUGGCUCUUCUGUUAUGGAAAAUCUACCUCCAAAUACAAGAAUUGGAAGUUUGUCUGCUCUUGAUCCAGAUCAGAACAAUGUGAUGUUUACAUUUGCUGAAGGAACAUCUGAUUCUUUAAAGUUUUCAAUCAAGGAAAGCACAUUAAUGACGAGGGCGGUUUUUGAUUACGAGCAACAAGAUAGCUACGUCAUAAAUGUAGUUGCGAAGGAUGACGGGAUACCAAGUGUUAACGAAACCAAAGAAUUUGUCAUCAAGAUUAUUGACUCAAAUGAUGAGCCAAGCCACAUCAUAUUGAAUUCGUCUGGUAUUAGAGAGGAUGCUAUAGUUGGAACAAUUGUCGGAAGGUUGAAGACUCAUGAUCAAGACGUAAAUCAAACGCACUUUUACUCUCUUCUUAAUCUGAACUCCACCUUUUUUAUUGUUGGUAACGAAAUAUUAGUGAAAGAAACGAAUCGUCUGGAUUACGAAAGUGCUGCAGAAAUGAGAGUACUUGUAGAAACUACUGACAAUGGAAUUCCAUCAUUGUCGCAUCAGAAUGACGUCAUCAUAAAUGUGAUUGAUGUAAAUGAAAGACCGUAUGCCAUAAGAAAUACUGGAUCGUUAUCAGUCAAAGAGAACAGUCAAAACGAUACUUCAGUUGUUUUUGAAGUUUUCGAUCAAGAUUAUAAUCAAUCUCAUCGUUGUUAUAUUUAUAAUUCUAACAUUUUUGAGAUAAACAACUGGGCUGGCGAGUUUAUACUUCGCGUUAAAUAUGGAGCUGUAGUUGACUUUGAAAAAAACCCAAUUACUGCAAUUAAUGUGACUUGCACGGAUAAUGGCAGUCCACCUCUUAGCAGCUCAGCGUCGUUCAAUAUCAACAUUGAAGAUGUAAACGAACCUCCUGUCGAUAUAUCAUUAAAUGGGUCUUAUGAAGUCGAUGAAAUCGCAUACGUGAAUUAUUCUUUGGGGAAUUUGAUUUGCAAAGAUUUCGAUCGAAAUCAGACAUGUUCAUUUCUUGUUGUUGGCCAAUACAGUAACACGUUCCGUGUCAUCCAUGGUACAAAUCUUUUAACAGUGAUCUCUAAUGUGGAACUGGACUACGAGAAAUUGCCUCAUCCUUAUAUAAUGGUGACGAUUCAGGCAAAUGAUGACGGUGUUCCUGUACAGUCAAUGUUGAAGCAACUUAAAAUUACUGUCAACGAGAUUAAUGAAGGAGCUAACAAGAUUUAUCUAAAAGCAGGCGAUGUUACGUUGAGAGAAACGACAGAAAUUAACACUAAUAUCAGUGAAGUUUUAUGCAAUAACCCGGAGAGAUGGCAGACUUUAGAAUACACGAUACUCUCGGAUGCUGCCACGUUUUUUAUAAUCGUUAAAGUCCCUUAUAACGUGACGUAUGAACCGCCUAUAUUAAACGCAAUAGGAAAAAAACAAGCAAGAUUUGAAUUGUUUAGAUCAUAUUUGUUCCUGAAAAAACACUUGAUGAACUUCGAUGCUCGUUCAAGUUAUGAUCUUCUUGUUGAAGUGAAAGAUAACGGUCACCCCGUGAAAUCGUUCAAUGAUAGUAUCUACAUUAACGUAUCGAGAGUUGAUCCAUGUGCUCCAACGAACAGAUGCAGAGAGAAUGCAGUCUGUCACAGACAAGAUGGCUUUAAUUACAACUGUCGUUGUAUGGAUGGUUAUACUGGUGAUGGUUAUAACUGCACUGACAUUGAUGACUGUCAACCAUCCUUUGACUAUUGUGAUGAAGUUCAAGAAUAUCCGUGUCUUCCAUGUAAACACAAUGGAAAAUGUCAUGAUCAAUUGAAGACCUUCAACUGCACCUGUCUUCCUGGAUACAAUGGCGCUCAAUGCAAUCAUAAUAUUGAUGAAUGUGAUCCCAGAAAUAAAUUCCCUUAUAGUUGUCAUAAAGAUCAUGGCUUAUGCAUUGAUCAUAUUAAUAACAUCACGUGUAACUGUCACCGUGGUUACGAUGGCUGGCUCUGUCAAACUGAUAUUGAUGAUUGUAUUGGGGAACCUUGUGGCCAACAUCCUUGCACUGAUCAUAUAGGAUUCUACGAGUGUCGUUGCGAGAAGGGCUACAUGGGUUCUAGAUGUGAACGUCAAGUUGGAAAACACGAAUGUCUUAAAGAUCAGACAUACAUACCAUAUCGUACCGAUCACAGUGAAGACGAAGAUUCUAAAGACUCCGACAAGAAAAGAAAUGAAAACGUUUGCUUUUCUGGUCAAAAUAUCACCAUGUUACACCUGAAUAAAACGUUGCUCGAAAUGUACGGUGUUUCUUUUGAAAACUACGAAGCAUUUUCUUCUGCAAUUAAGAUCGAAGUGGAAGAUUGGAUCAAAAAACGGCUUCUUGUUUACUUCUCUUAUACAAACCAUUAUACUAAAGAUGGAUACUUCAAUGUCAGCGAUGUGAGUGUAUUGAAUCCUAUUGUAAAUUCAGAAAAUAUUUCACUACCUAUUAUUGCUAGAGUUGGUGUGAAAGCUCUCUCACAAACCGCUAUUUUGUGCUCUCUUCAUCAAUUACUCAACUGCACGCAAAGAGCUGGAUACACGUCCUAUACCUCCAAAGACUUUAGCUAUAUGGACUUCAUGUGUGUCAGCGAUGAAGAUGUGAAGAAGUUACAUUGUCAGACACGCGAGGAAACUCUGGGUGGACUUACAGGAAAGGGCUCUAAGAAAGGGGGCUUACAACGGUGGUCUAUUUAUUUGCUUGCAACGGUUGGGGCUAUUUUGUUUCUCUUUGUUCUCUGGUUCGCCCAUUACGCUCUUAGUUCACAUAAACAGAACCUUCAAAAAGCACUGCGUAAUCGACAACAGUUUGAUCACGUGAGACUACCUGACGAGGAAGAAGAACAUUAUCGUGACGUCAUGUUUCGUCAUCAUAUUUCGACCAUUGGCGGAGAAUCAAAUCCAAUUUAUGGCUUGGACGAAGAUGAAUCUGUUAUGGUUCCAAAUCCACUGUAUGGUGUAUCACGUGGUAUUGAAACACCAAUAACAAAACGCGGCCCGUCGUUUGCAAAUCCACUCUUCGCUACCAGGGAACAAGAAGAUAGUCUGAGCUCCAAAUCUGCUGGGCAGCCUGAACCAAGUCAUGAUAAUUGAUUCGUAGAAAAUGAAAAAAAUCAGUCUCGUGUGUAUUUUGUCUUAACUUAAAAAGUCAUUUGAUUUUCAAUACGCUUUUUUAAUCGUGAAUUAUUCGUAAUGGGAUUUUAAAGGAGCCAGUCUCUGGAAUCAUCGAUUCUUAUUUGUUAUUUUAACGUACUUUAUUUAUUCAUAAAACGUCGAUUAAACAUUUUCUGUUUUCAA